UAAUCUUGCUACAUUAUUCUUUUCAAAUACUUUGGAUGAAUCAUGGUUUUAUCUUGUUACUACUGCCAUAGAAGGAUUUGGUGGAAGGGCCCUUACUGCAAUAAUGUCUGCCGUUCAUGCUGUUAAGGUUGGAAAUAACCAAAUUUUGACAGUCGCAUUGAGGGACAUAAAUUCUACCAUUGUUGACAUUAAUGCCACUCUGCAAAGGAUGCAUGAAAAAUGUGAUCCAUAUGUUUUUUAUUGGAUGGCACGACCAUACUUAAAUGAAGAUCGCUUACCGCGAGGAUUGAUAUAUGAAGGUGUGGAUGGCAACGAUGAAAAUGGAAAUCCGAUUUAUCGUCGAUAUGUAGGGGCUAGUGCUGGUCAGAGCGCAUUGAUCCAGGCAUUGGAUAUUGCUCUGAAUAUUGAACACUAUCCAACAGAAAUAAAACCACAAAUUAAUGGACAAUGUCCUUAUACUUCUGGAAACAAACAAUAUUCGCCUGACGAGAAUAGUAUCAAAUUACAACAACCUUAUCUUUACAAAAUUCGUCAAAAUAUGACUGGUCGUCGUAGGAAAUUUCUCGAAGAUCUCGCAAAGGUUGCAAACAUUCGUAAUUAUAUCAUUUCACAGAUGAGUUAUGAUUCUAGUAUCCCCGCUUCUUCACCCGAUGAAGACAUAGAAAUGCUUCCAGGAACAAACGAAAUGGUACAAGCGUAUAAUGAAUGUUUAAAUCAAAUGAAAAAUUCCCUAAGCAAACACUUACAGCUU